AUGGGGUGUACCAAAGUUAUCAAGACCCUAGAGAAGGAUAACGUUUUUGGUGGCCCGCGUGAGUCACGGGCGGAGUCGGUCGAGGUGAACUCAACAAAGGGGCCCAGGGUGAACAUGAAUGAGCAAUUGUUGAUCAACCAUGCCGUAUUCCAGAUGGAACGAAAACCCCUUGAGGUUCCCACUAUAGUGGGCGACGAGCAAAUGUACACUAGGGACAACCAGAGACUAUCCUGUCCCCACGAACUGAAGCGGACGGUGGCCCAGAUAUAUUAUGCGAACCGUUGCCAAAUCGAGAGUGCCGUCAGGACGGCAUUGAAGGCCCAGGCCACCUGGAGUCUGGUAGCCGUGGCGGACCGUUCCACCAUCUGGAGGUAUGCUGCAGACAUAAUCGAGGCGGAUGAGUUCCGUAUGCGGAUGUAUUUGAUGCUGGCCCUAGGAAAGACGAGUGUUGAUGCUGCCAAGGACAUCCAGCGCCUGGUCACAUCGAUUAGAGCCAACGCCGACUACCUGGAGCACUUGUCGCAGCUGCGCUUCGAGAUCCAGGGUGAAGUCUGUGUCUUUCCCAGCUUAAAUCUGCGCCCCAUGGAUGGCUUUGUGGCUGCCAUCUCGUCAUUCGAAUCAGUCGCCCUUUCCGCCAAUCUGGCUCUGUGUCCCGUUCUAAUGGGCAACGCAGUUCUGUGGAAUCCGGCCCUCGAAGUGGCACCCAUAAGUUAUCUCGUCUACCAGGCUUUCCAGGAUGCUGGUCUGCCCAAGGGAGUGCUGAACUUCUUGCCCUCCAAUAAGAAACUCUUCAUAGACACUAUUACGGAUGCCGUUCACUUUGCCGGGGUCAAUUGUCACUGCAGCGCCCAAGAUUAUCGCUAUAUUCACAAGCUGGUGAGCGAUAAGAUGCAGCGGUACAUAUGUUUCCCUCGACUGGUGGCCGAGUGUACCGGUCAGAAUUUUCAUUUUGUCCAUAGCAGUGCCAAGAUGGAGGCCGUCUGCUCGGCCACCGUGGAAGCGGCGUUCAACUAUGCUGGACAGUACUCCAAUUCGUUGUCUCGCAUGUAUGUGCCAUCCUCCAUGUGGACCGAAUUGCGGGAACUGCUAAUCGAAGGAGUGAAACGAUUUACGGUCGGAGAUCCAACACGAAACGAGACCAAGAUGGGGCCCGUCAUCAAUAGGGCAGCCUAUGAGCGCAUGCAGCAACUAAUGGAAUCAAACAAGGACGCUGAAUUAUUGUGCGGUGGCACCUGUAAUGAUAACAUUGGAUACUUUGUCGAGCCGACGGUUUUGCGGAUAAUGAAUCCGCUGCAUCCACUGCUGAGCGAACCGCUGUCUGGGCCGUUACUCCCAAUAUUUGUCUAUGCCGAUGACUCAUUUUCGGAGGCACUCAACCUAGCUGCACACCAGUCAAAGAACGCCCUGUCCGGCUCCGUGUUUGCCACUCGAGAUGAGGUGAUCUCGCAUUGCUUAAACCAACUGCGAAUGGCGGCAAGCAAUUUGUAUGUGAAUGAGCGUUGCACCGGCAGCUCGAGUGGCCUGACGCCUUUUGGCGGCAACCGUUUGUCGGGAACAAAUGAUAAGUCCGGAUCUGCCUACUUCCUAAUGCGAUGGAGCUCCCCUCUGCUGGUAGAGGAGACGGUUGAUACUCCGUCAACUUAUUAG